UAGAAAAAUUUUAUAUCAUAAUUGUUUUAUUCUUAAUUGUCAAUUUCUUUAAAUUUCAAUGCUUAAAAUUUACUUCAUACAUCACUGAACGUACUAUACGGACGCUCUUAUUUGAAAUAAGAAAACGAUGUAAAAGGCGAAUGCAUUGCAAAUACAGAUAGCUUCGAAGAAAUUUAAUGCUAUUUAGUGCCUUAAAUAUUUAUUGUAAAUUGAGUGUCAGAAAAUCCGUACAGGAGAACAAAAGCAAAACUGACAAGUGACGCUGUCGAAAUUAACAAGCAAAACAAACGCAAAUAAUCAAAAUUAAUUGCGCUCGGCAUUUCAUAUAAAUAUUUAUAAUUCGUUUUGUGUUGGCAAUCAUUGAUCAAAACCAUGUUACCUACAAGUGUUCGGAAAUCGAUUCGAUUCUCUGAUGCCAGGCUUUAUACUGAAAACGUAACAGAACUUCCACCAAAUGAUGAUGAAGAAGAGCGACGUUUGGCACGUCGCCGUACUUUAUUAAGGCAAAUUUUGAUGGAUGAAAACCAAAAUCUAGAAAAAUGUUUGGAAAUUUAUAAAGACAAUAAAAUAAGUCGUGAUAAUGCAUGGUCCUUAUCAGUUAUUGAUACAUUGACUGUUUUGCUUGAGCGUCAUCAAAACUUUUUGAACAACUUUAGGGUUGCUUGUCCUUCGCUAGAAGCUUCAUCAAGGGUAUAUGGUUUACGCGUAGACUCUAUAUACGGAGACGUUAUGCGUAUUUCCGCAGGUUUAGCUGCACAACACCGCAAAUAUAAAUGA